AUGAAGAGUGAAUCAUCGUCCAGAAGAAACGGGGUUGAAAGUAAAACAGGUUCUUCAACUGAGGCAAUCACAAAUACUCCAAAGGUUACUGCAACUCAAGAGCCAUUACAGGUAUCUUCUCAAAGGGCAAAUCCAAGUGGCAGAUCAAAUACAGUAACAUUAUCACGUUAUGAAACUUCAGGUUCAUCUACUUCAAGUAUCAUGAAUAGUCAACAAAUUACUGUUGCACCAGAGUCACUACACGUAUCUUCUCAAAGUGCAAGUCCAAGCAGUAGAUUAAGUAUAGUAACAUUAUCACAUCAUGAAACUUCAAGUUCGUCUACUUCAAUUAUUAUGAAUAGUCAACAAAAUACUAUUGCACAAGGGCCAUUACACGUCUCUUCUCAAACCACAGAGUCGAGUGGCAGAUCGAGUACAGUAACAUUAUCACGUUAUGAAACUUCAGGUUCAUCUACUUCAAGUAUCAUGAAUAGUCAACAAAUUACUGUUGCACCAGAGCAACUACACGUAUCUUCUCAAAGUGCAAGUCCAAGUAGUAGAUUAAGUGCCAUAACCUUGUCACAAUAUAAAGCUUCUGCUCCUACAUUUAGUGUUAACAGUUGGAAUACUAUGAAGAGUGAAUCAUCGUCCAGAAGAAACGGGGUUGAAGAUCAAGCAGGUUCUUCAACUGAGGCAAUCACAUAUACUCCAAAGGUUACUGCAACUCAAGAGCCAUUACAGGUAUCUUCUCAAAGGGCAAAUCCAAGUGGCAGAUCAAAUACAGUAACAUUAUCACGUUAUGAAACUUCAGGUUCAUCUACUUCAAGUAUCAUGAAUAGUCAACAAAUUACUGUUGCACCAGAGCAACUACACGUAUCUUCUCAAAGUGCAAGUCCAAGUAGCAGAUUAAGUGCCAUAACCUUGUCACAAUACGAAGCUUCUGCUCCUGAUACUGCUGGUACACGGUCAAAUUUUAUCUUAGUGCUUUUCUCCUUAUUUCUAUUCAUGGUUUAG